GCCUCACUUAUAUAUGCAUAAUUACUAUUAGUGUUCACUUGCGAGAGAGCUCCUUUCUUUACAACUGAGAGAGCUGUUGUUUGUUUCACCAGGAGCCCCGCAAGAAGGUUGUGGAGGAAGAAGCUGGGGACGCUGAGAUGUCUGGAUUAGAAGAUAUAGUUCCACCUACAUUCUCAGUUGGUCUAACCCAGCAAGCAGUGGGUGGACCUGUGUUGGCGGAAGAAAAUGAACCAGCUACUGUGUAUUCUACGAAGAGUCCCGCUGAGUUAGAUGCACCUACUUUUUCUUUAGGAUUGACACAAGAAGGUGUUGCCAUGAGGACUAAUAAGUCAACUAGGAAGCGUAAGGCAGGAGUGGGGAACUCGCAACUUCCAAGCAGACAUAGCUUGCGUGUACGUGACAGCAUCACAAAGAUAUGUGUUGAUGCUACGCCUAUAGGGCAGGGAAGAAAUAAACGACACAGGUCUGGGAAGGAAGAUGAUUGUGUUGACGUUAGCAGGACAAGAGAGAUACCUACAGCUAUGCUAUUUACAGGUGAUUUUGAUCCAUUUACUCCACCUAGUAAAGUGAAAGUGCAAGCUUUUCUUAAGCAGAUGGAAAGGUCAACGUAAGAAAUACAUCUUGAAAAUGUCUAUUGAUGUUUGUUGGUUUACAGUUAAUCUAAUGUGGAUAGUCCAUGUGCUUUGCAGCUGUUAUGAUGUAGCAGGGGGCAUGGUGGUGGAUAACAUAGAAUUUCUCCAAAUUUACGAAGCCAUAGGUUUUCUUGAUGAGUCGAGUGCGGAUAUGUUGGUCAAGUUCAUCCAGUUACGUCGUGAUACGACACCUAUUCUGCGUUUUGAUUUUCUACCAUCCACCUUUGUGUCUGAGCUGUACCGGCAGUACAAUCGCUUUGUGAGAUCGCCAGACAGGAAGAUGUUUUCCUUCUCCAAUGUAUCCAUUGCUCCCUUUAUUACAAGACCAAAAUGGAUGCAUGAGGUUGAUGUUGUCUACAUCCCCAUGCAAGUUGAGAGACAGCAUUGGAUCGGUUUGGUCAUUGACUUGAAGACGUGGAAGCUUCUUGUCCUUGAUUGUAACAGAGGACGCUUGAGUGACCAGCAAAUAAGUCAGUAUCUUGAACAUCUUUCAAUCAUGCUGCCUUAUCUCUUGGCCAGACAUGGAAUCAAUGAGGCUGCCCACAAUCCAAGGCUUGACCCUAUGUCUAUCUUAAGGCCUACCAUACCGUUCCACUGUUCUGCUUUGGGUUUGGUUGGGAUUGUAUCGAUUGUUCUUCUUGAGCUGCACGCAGUGUCAUCACUGCAAACCUAUUACAGGGAACUUGACGAUGAAAAGAUCCAAAUUGCAGCAAAACAGUAUGCUAUUGAAGCAUUUGGUGCAUUUUCUCCAACUCCUAUUGCUCUGUAGACAUCUAUGUAGUAAAAUGGUGCAUUUUCUCCAACUCCUAUUGCUCUGUAGACUUCUAUGUAGUAAAAUGGUGGAAUUCUUUACUUUUUAUCUUGUACUCCUAGUAUCAAAUCUUUGGAUUGGAUGUUGUUUACUGUUUAAUUAUUGUAAACUUAUUUGGAUGAUUUGCUACUAUGUUAAAAAGUAUUUGAUGUUUCCUU